CCAUUCGCAAUUGCCAGCCAGCAGCGCUGCCAUGUGUCCAUGUGGGUUCCAUCGCCAAUGGAGACACGCUGGGCAUGACGGCGGCUGAAGUUGAUGUGAUCCCUGAUAGUGACAGCGAUGUGGCCGAAGUUGUGGACAUCACAGUUGACAGUGAAGACGAGGUGGCAGAAGUGAAUUUGUCCGCCUCACCGCCAUUGAGUUUCCAUGGGUACCGCCGUGGCCGUGAACUUGGCCAAGGGGGGUCCAGCCAGGUCUUUGUUUGCAGCAAAGCGGGCAGCCAAGUGGGUUUCGCAGCCAAAGCCGUCAACCUGCGCCGACUGCAAAUGAGUCCAGAUGUGGAGCGGGAAUGGAAGAAGCUUUGCCGGGAGGUUGACAUUUGGAAAAAGCUGCCUGUGCACGCCAAUGUGGUCCAGCUCGUGGAUUCCUUCCAAGAAGGAAGUUGGUUUCUGAUGGUUCUGGAGUUGGUGGGUGGCGGUGAUCUCUUCACGGUGCUCACCUCGCGCUCGACCUCCCGGUUCUUGGAUCGUGAGGCUGCCUUCGUUGGCAAUCAGCUGGUGCAGGGACUCGCGUUUCUGCACAGCCAAGGUGUUGUCCAUCGAGACUUAAAACUAGAAAAUGUGCUGGUGGCUUCGCAGCGGCGAGCGUAUUCCAGCGGCCCAUUGCUCUACAGCGUCAAGAUCACGGACUUCGGCCUGUCUCGAGUGCUGGACCCAACCGCCUCCGAUGCUCAGUCCACAGUGGGGACACACCCUUACUGUGCGCCAGAGGUGCUUGGCGACGGCUCACAUAGUUUUAGUGCAGAUGUUUGGUGCCUGGGAGUGCUGCUCUUUGCUUUGCUCUCCGGCCACUUCCCAUUCAACGCAAUGCCUGGGGAGCAAGCAGACCUGGACCGCAUCAUUGAUAGCUGUUCCGUGGUAGAGGGUGCCAAGGCGGUGCUUAUGGCCUUGCUACAGCUGCAGCCGGCCUUGCGGAGCUCGCUGUCGGACCUUUCCAGCCACCAAUGGUUCCAGGAAGAGGAGUGGGAGACCAUGAAACCUCUCAAACGUCACCGUACGCUGUCAAACAGCGACGUGGGCGGCAACCCUCCAAGCAUUUCCAACAUGGAGGCGAUCCCUCCGGUCAAUGGCCAAUUGGCCGCGCACAAAGUUGCUGCUUCGCCAGUCUUGGAGGAGGUGGACACCUCCCAGCAUUCGCCAGUGGAUUCACCUUUCCCAUGCUCGCCGUUUCCUUGCGAGUCGCCUAUGCCAUGUCCGUCUCCCUUGCCUGGUGCUUUGGAUGCUGAAGGAGUAGCAUCGCCUGGAGUUUGGACGCCUUUUGCGGUGGAGGUUGCUGUAAAGCUCAGUGACGUGCAGUCGCCCAACGACCUGCAGUCAGACCACAUGCAGGUUCAUAUGGUCGUUCCAGACCGCUAUGCGGGCUUCAUCCUGGGCAAAAAUGGCACACGCAUCCAGAAGACUGCGUUGAAAAGCGGAUGCAAGGUUUGGAUGACAUCCAGAAAUGGCUCCAAUGAUAGACGUGUCAUCAUGAUCGGGAGCUACAAGCAGUGCAAAGUCGCACAACAGCUUGUCCAUGAGCAGCUGUCGACGGCCAUGCAGGUUGAAUGGCAAGACGCACAAGCUGACAUACUCGUGUUUGUGCGGUCGGAAGCAGCUGGGAUGGUCACUGGCAAGCAAGGCUUCGUUCUGAAUCAGAUCCGAAAGCAGUCUGGAGCACAAGUGCAGCUGUUGAGAGAUGAAGUGCAGAGCACACGCCCCUGUAUCAUCAGCGGAACACUGCAGAGCAUACUUAAAGCGCAGAAGCACAUUUUUGAAUUGGUGCGGGCAGUGCCAAUUGUGACAGGCCCCACCGCAGUAGGCACAGGUUCCUCCCAUGGAGCCAAGUGAAGAUCCGGCCGUGCAGACAGGCCGUUGAGCCGGACAAGUGGAGGGUCUAUUCGCUUUC